AGUGCCCAGUGCCGAAAUUAUGAAAUCAGCGCCUCUAGUGUCAAGAUUGCUUCACGAUGUGCUCCGCCACACCCACUUACCACGUGGCGAUGUUUACAGCGGAAGUGACAUCACGACCACCUUGCAACCUCGUUUAUCAGAUUACAUUUUGUACCCAUAUGUAGGGUAAGAUGCACACAUAGUUUACCUGGUAACGAAGAUGCAAAUGUUUGCGGUGCUGUCGAAUCUCUGUUUCGAUGUCGUAUUUAAUCACUGUUUCUAAGCUACACGAUUCAUGUCUGCUCAAAUUCGUUGUUUAAAGUUAAUAAUAAUACACUAUAGAAUCAUGGGAGGAAGUUGUCAGUAUUUGAUCUUGUUGAUCUGUUGUGUUUUUGUUGGUCGAACUUUGAGCUCGAACAGUCCCAAGUCUCGAGCGUUGAACCCAAGAAAAUGCCUUGUUUGGGGGCCUGGUUUGGAUCCAGAAACUGUGCUCCCAGCAAGGUAUUUCUUUAUCCAGCUCGUGGAUUUCGAUGGACAGAAUUUCACCGAUUCCAUUGGUGAGAAAGAAAUAUCUGUGGAUAUUGUCCGGGCAAGAACUGGUGAAAGGGCACGCAUUUGGACGCAAGUGUUAGAUCGCCAUGAUGGGUCGUACAUUGUGCGAUACAAGUUGUAUGAAACUUAUGAAGACCUCAAGAUCAAUGUGUACUACAUCUCACAACACCUGGCCCAUUCACCUUACAAAUUAAGAGGCCCUGUUUACAGUGAAGAUUGCUACUGUCCAGAAUCUGAUCGCACCAAAUGGAUGAGAGCCAUGAAAUGUCCAAAAAGAUAUGACCAGAUCAAAAGAGACCUGUCUUUAUUUUCAAAGAUUGACAUGAAAGCUGUUGAAAAGGAGGCCAUUGCAAGAUACAACCAAAGGGGUUCUCACAGUUUAUGUCAUUAUUCAAUCAUUGAUAAUAAGAUUUAUAGGAAAACACAUGGUGAGCAUGUUGGAUUCAAGAUGUUUAUGGAUAAUAUACUUUUAUCUUUGGCUAGGAAGGUGAAACUACCCGACAUGGAGUUCAUAGUGAACUUAGGAGACUGGCCUCUUGUAACAAAGAAGCGAGCUGACCCACCAAUUCCUAUUUUCUCAUGGUGUGGAUCAGACGACACAAAUGACAUCGUCAUGCCUACUUAUGACAUCACUGAAGCCACCUUGGAGACAAUGGGAAGGGUGAUGCUAGAUAUGUUAUCAGUGCAGGCAAAUACAGGGCCAAAGUGGGACAACAAAACUGCACAAGGAUUCUUUAGAGGACGUGAUAGCCGCCAGGAACGACUAGACCUGGUAAAAUUAUCACGGAAACAUCCAGGCAUCCUCGAUGCCAAGCUGACCAACAUGUUUUUCUUCAAGCAUAAUAAGGAGGAGGUUGGAGAGCUUGUCAAGCAUAUAUCGUUCUUUGAUUUCUUUAAGUACAAAUACCAGAUCAGCCUUGAUGGCACCGUCGCAGCGUAUCGAUUACCAUACCUGCUGGCAGGUGACGCUGUUGUCUUCAAACAGGACUCGCCGUAUUAUGAAUACUUUUACAAGGAUCUCAUUCCACACGAACAUUACAUUCCAAUCAAAAGAGAUAUCAGUGAUGUUCUGGACAAGAUACAGUGGGCUAAAGAUAAUGAUGAGGAGGCCCGCCAGAUAGCAAAAAAUGCCCAGAAAUAUGUCCAGGAUCACCUUUUAGCUGAUGAAAUUUUUUGCUACCACAUGGUGCUAUUUGAGGAAUACUCAAAGCUUUUAGUGUCGAAGCCUCAUAUCUAUAAAGAAAUGGAGCGUGUUGACCAACCAACAUCUCGUAAUCCCUGCCGCUGUCAUCACCCUGAUAGUAAUGAUGUGAGACGAGAUGAACUUUGACAUGCUUGCUCUUCUUGCCACAGACCUUUCAUAGACCUGUUAUGUACUGAAGCAAAUAAGAGAGACUGUUUAUAUUGGGAAAGAGUUAGAGUCCCAAGAGUGCUGUGGUCUUGGAGCCUGAUACGUCAAGAUGCACUUGCAGAUGCUGCCUCUUAUCAGGGAUCAAAGUCACAUCAAUGCAGGUUCACUGCACUGGGUAAAAACACUGUUGAAUCUUCCACCCAGCAAACUCUACAGUUGCCCCAAUUGACAGACUGGAAGGAGGCCAGGAUCUUUAGCUGUUAUUGUGGACAUUUUAGGUUGUAUUCUGUGAUAAUUUAACAUGUUUGGAAGAAGAAAGAGUGCAGCUUGAAAGCUUGUUAUUUGAAUACUCGGCCUUGCCACUUGUUACAUGUACCUUAUUUGGUGUGAUGGAGACUGAUUGCAGCUAAGGACUGAUUGUGUCUUCGGGAUGUCAUUUACCUACCAUAGCUGCAGCACAUAGUUUAUAAUCAAUAUAUUGGUGUGGGUCACUGAUGUUAUCGAGCUCGGUCUUGCCACUGCUUAUCAAUGUUUUACCAUAUCACUGAUGUACAAAUAAGUUCUCUUAUUUUGGCAGAUUACUUUGCCUUUUCAUAAGUUUCCUGCAGAUUUAGGGUGUUACUAAUUUGGAAAAGGUUCAGGCUUUCUGCCGUAUGUAGUUCUUUUGUGUAUAUCUUUUUGUAUUUGCGAAAAUAGUUUUGAUACGUUUUCAUUCCCUUCCAUUUACAUUGCUUCCUCUGGGGUCGGUUUAGCAAUGAAUUUUUAAGAACCUACAGAAUAUGCAUUGUUUCAUUUUAUACAUUAUGAGUUGUUGGCUCGCACGCAUGUUAUGUUUAUUUUAGUUAUAAUCUACUGCUAACAAGCAACUCAGUAUAUUUCGCUCACUUUCCCUUUCUACUUAUCUAAAUGUAUUCUUUCCACAAUACUUUAUCAUGUACAAUGUAUCAAUGUAUCAUUGAUGUAUCACUGCUUUUACAAGUCAAUAAAACGGAACACAUAUUUUCAGGUGAAUUCAU